UAAAUAAAUAAAAAAAUUUAAUAUAAUUGAAAUAAAUUUUUAUUAUUAGAAAUUUAAAUUUAAAAACAACGUUCAAAUAAGUUUUUAAAACAAUAAAGUUGAGGGUUGUUUAAAAACUUAGAUUAUGAUGUUCUGAUUGAUAAAAAAAUCCCUGUCAAGCGAGGCGUCGCUUUUCCGCAUUCUAGGGGAUAUGUAUAUCGAUAAUUGUGGUCAGUAAGUCACUGUCUGAUAUGUGUAUUAGAAGCCUGCAAGAAUGAAAAUAGUCUAUUAACGAAGAUUGUGAACUCUUGUCACCUUAUAUUAAAGAGGAUUCAAUCCUACAUAUUUUGAAGUUCAAUGAUUAGCUUUACUUCAACCUCAGGUCUUCAUCAUGAGUUCUAACGACGUCAUCCCCAAUACCCCCACCGGGUGGAAGCAAUAUUCGGAAUCCCAUUCCCUACCAACUCUACCUCAAAAAUCAAACCUCGUAGCCAAAGAUAGCAAAGUGAGUUUUUGCUUUUCCCUAGGUAUUUUGAAGGUACCUGGAUGCUACACUUACUGAUGAGUUACAGUAUGUACUCCGAGACAUAUAUGUCGAUGCACCAGCUGCUAUUGCCGCAUCCACGUCUAGCUUUACCAAUGUCUAUGCAGAUGUAUUAGCAUUUCCUACGUCAAACACAACUAUUGCAAUUCCACAAGAUGGGGUAGUCAAUCUUGUCUGCCGAACCGUGACGGCAAGCGGACCUCUUACUCUAACUCUCAAUCCUGCCACCGCCGAUGAAUCAGUAUUUAUAAUAUAUGGAUCCACAUUUGACCAACCGAUAUCCUACAAACUCAAUUCAAGUACCACUCCUGCAAUCACACUCGAUUUCUCUCCAUCAUCCGGCAAUCUUGGUGCACAAAUUGAUAUUAUUGACGGCGAAGCAACUCUCACUUACCUGAGCCGUUAUGUCGACUUAUCCAUGUCCGAUGCCGAGUUCAAAAAUUGCCUUGUCACUCAACUCCGAAUCGCGUCUCUUCUCUUCUGGAUCCAACCUGGUCUUGCACUAGCGUUAACAUCCCAUGUAGCUAGGGCGACUGAUUCUUCCGAGGCAGGCGCACUCCUAAACCUACAAUCCCAUGCUCUAGGUCAGCAGAUUACUGCCUCAGUUCUAACAGGGCCAAACAUGAAUUAUGCGCCGGUCUUGACACUAAGCUUGUACAAACAAGUUCUAGAUGGUGCCAUUUCAACGACAUCUGCAUUCGAAACCCAAUACAACCGAUUUGCAGACAAGGGAACUGCUGUUGCAGAUCAAAAAAUCGCAUGGAAGGCUAUGCUAGAUCAAACAGCUGAUGCUGUUGCUCUUCAACAAACCCUUGUUAGUAACGCAUUAGCAAGAUGGAAUAGUGCAACAGAAAUAUUGAGUAGUGCCGAAGCUACAUUGAAAACUCACCAGAUAGUACUCCAGCAGAGACAGUGGGAAUUUAAAGCCGGGAUCGAAGUAUGGGAGAUAAAGCAAAUAGUUACUACAAUUUUCGACGUUUUUCAAGCUGUGAUUGGUAUGUAUAUUUUGGCGUUUUGAUGUUUUCAUGUGUUGUUCCUCGGACUCAAGUGAUUUAUUCUUCGGAGUUUACGCUAAAAGAUACCUCCUCUUAACUAGGAUUCGCAAUGGCAAUCGGUGAACUGGCAAUCGGAGAUCCUGCCGGAGCAGCCGCCGCACCAGCAGCUGCAGCAUCAGCCGUGAAAGCUGCCGCUGCAGCAGCAAAUGCAACAAACGCAUUUCUCAAGCCCGGAACCAUUAAAGCUAUCAAAACUGGCACAGAAGCCGUCUUCAAGCUAUACCAAAGUACUAGUACAGCGGUGAAUGAUAUCCGGAUUAAAGUUGGUCAUGGGACAGACACAUCAAAAGUAAUUCUGAAUACCGCGGGAGGUGAUGUCUCUGGUGAUAAUCAGCCUAACGCAGAUCUUGCUGAAAUUUUAAGCCUAGCUGCCUGGGAUGACUGGAUGCUAGAGAGCGAUUCGCAAAUGGCUUAUGCGGUUGCGCAAAGUAUUGGAGGGGCGGGGGCGUACCAGUUAGAGUUGAGGCGACAUGCUAUCGAUGGAAAGCUUCUUGUUCAGGCAAAAGCGCAAGCUGUUAAGCUUGGUGAGUAUUCUGUCUCGUCAACCGAUUGAUACUCACUAUUACGAGGAUUGAUGCUGACUCUAUCGUGUGCAGGCCAGGAAUAUAUCCAACUCCAGCUCCAAUUAUACGCAACACAAGCGAAUAAAUUGCGUCUCCAGCAGCUAUACGACACUUACCAAGGAGAAGAAGAAGCAGCUCUUGAGGCUCAAGGCUACUUCUACGAUCAAGUAUCUAUGCUUCGUAAUAGCAUCAUGGUUUAUAUGAGAGAUGCUAUAUGGGCAUACAAAUACUAUACUUUAAGUGAUAGUUCGAUUGUUUUGAAUCCCUUGAAAACUACGCUUCAGUAUCAGCAGGACUCGCAGAUGAUUUUGCAGGAAGUUACUUUGUGUAAGGAGAACUAUUCGAGUGAUUUUACACGUGAGUAUACUCCAGCUGAAACUUGGACAUCCAAAACUUACAUUUGCCAUUUUUGUUACAUCUAGCUUUCAGUCUCGGUAUUCAAACUCUCGAGGUAAGUUACUUUCACAGUAGUCAGGAAAUCCAUAACCGAACAAUCUAUAGACGGACUUCCACUGACUCUUUCAUGCGUUGUUCCUCUAUAGCUCCCACGCGACUAUCCCACCAGCGUCGUAACGGCUCUUCAGUCUGAUUCCCAUUCCGUCACCAUGACCUUCUCGCCUUCCGUCUCUUCUACUUCCGCUUCUUCAUCCAUCACUCCAGCCAUAUCGGGUUCUAUUCUACCUCCUAUAACCGGGCCCUUCACCGGCGGAUCGCGUUUCCGUGUUUUCGGCAUGCGGGCUUUUCUCCUCGGCGCCAAACCCCUCCCUUCAUCCUUCUCCUCGGUUACCUCAAAAGCCCCCAUCCUCCUUACAAUAUCCACCUCGGGAAUUUACAACGAUGUACAAGGCAACGUGGUAUACGGGUAUACGAUGAAACCGUUAGAGCGAACAUUUAAGUACAUGGUGGCGAAAGAUGGGACAGUGCAAUUACCGUACACUUUUGAUAGCAUUAUUCAUAGUGCGGAUUAUGUGGAUCCAACUGCGUUUGCACAAUGGACAGUGAAGAUUGAGAAUGCAAACAGCUUGGAUCUGAGUGGUCUGACGGGGUUGGAGUUGUACUGGGAAGGAAAUGCGAGAUUGAAUCAUGGGGGUGGGAAUGCUUGAUAGAUGAUGCAUAAUUGUGUGUAUUCAAGGAUAUGACGCAUUUGUCGUAAGGUAGUUGCUCAAUUUGAUAAGUCUUAUUCUAUCUAGAUGGAACGUAUGUUCGUGGUAUGCUUUUCGAUACGGAAUCGUAAUAGGUGGGUGUUGCUCUGCACAAGCUAAUUCAUAAUUUGUGCGUUAAUGAAGGCUACGAAAGCCCUCUGAAAGGUCUACAAGCCCCACUCUAAUGUGAGAGAUCAGACAUCGAAUAGCUCAAAGGGAAUGCUCAUGAAUUACUAGUAAAAAGUACAUGAGGAAUCAUAGAUGUACGAAGCUCUCAUAUGUAAUAAGUAUAUAUCUUAGAAAUCUCUUGAAUGGAACAGU